AUGGCUCCCAAUAUUGGUGCGGACAUAGAGAUGAAUGGACUCAGAACCUCCGCAGAUGCCCCGAGAGCAACGACAGAAACAAAAGAGUCAUCAUCUGUCAUCAAUGUAAUUGCCAGCAAUGAGUACUUGGAGGACCAGGACGGUCAGUUAUUGUCGACCAACUCAACACGCGGAGAUGCUGUCGAUAUGCAGCGCAUGGGAAAAGAGCAGGAGUUUGUCCGCAGAUUUCGCCUUCUUUCGAUGGCAUCAUUUGUUGGCUUGACUACCGUGUCGUGGGAAUAUGGAGUCUUCACUUUAGGCCCGGGAUUGUUGAAUGGAGGACGAGCUGGUCUGAUCUACAGCACGGCCUGGAGUUUCGUUGGUUUCGGACCGGUCUAUCUCAGUAUGGCUGAGAUGGCAAGUAUUGCACCCAUUGCUGGAGCUCAGUACCACUGGGUGAGCGAAUUCGCGCCGGAGAGCUGUCAAAGAAUUCUCAGUUACCUGGUUGGGUGGUUAUCAUCGAUUGCCUGGCAGGCAGGUUGUGCCGCUGGAAUGUUCUUAGUCGGUGGCUCAAUUCAGUGCAGCAUUAUCGUCGCUAGGGAGACUUAUAACCCGACUGCAUGGCAAAGUACGCUCCUUGCCCUUGCUGCUGUUGUCAUGGCUUAUCUGGGCAAUGUCUACGGCGCUCGAAUCUUGCCAUAUUGGCAGAAUGCGAUCUUUGCAGUUCAUAUCCUGGCGUUCCUAGCAUAUAUCAUCCCCAUCUGGGCGAACGCACCUCGCGCUACAAAUGAACAAGUAUGGGGCACCUUUGAUGCCUCUGGCGGUUGGAGCACCAUGGGUCUUACCAUUAUGGUUGGCCAGUUAACAGGCAUUGCAAAUCAAUUGGGGGUUGACGCGGCGGCGCACAUGGCAGAGGAAGUGAAAGACGCUGCCAAGUCGGUCCCAAAAGCCAUGAUUUCCACUUACCUUGUUAACUUUGCCUGUUUAUGGCCUCUGGUGAUAACGGUCUGCUAUCAUAUUCCUUCUGUCGAUGACGCCCUUGAAGAUGCAACAGGAUACCCUGCGAUGUAUGUCCUUCGACAAUCAAUGUCGCCGGCUUGGGUUAUCGUCAUCCUUGGAAGUAUCGCAUUCAUCAAUGCUGCCGGCAACAUCACUUACAUGGCGGCAGUGACUCGCGACCUGUUUGCCUUUGCUCGAGACAACGGUCUCCCAUUUUCGGCCUGGAUACGUAAGGUCGAUGGGAAACGCGAUCUUCCUGUCAAUGCCGCUAUUCUCACCAGUGCUGUCUCGUCCUUAAUGGCAUUGAUCUACCUCGGAAGUGAAGUAGCUUUCUAUGCUAUCAUCUCACUCUAUACUACGGCUAUACUUUCCUGCUAUUGCCUUUCCAUUGGCAGCCUGCUCUGGCGAAGGAUAUAUCACCCAGAUACGAUACCCCCCGCAAAAUUCUCGCUUGGUCGGUGGGGUCUCAUAACCAACAGUUUCGCCGUUGUUUGGUGUGUGUACUGCCUCUUUUGGUCAGUCUGGCCACAGGAAUAUCCGGUGACGGUGACGAACUUCAACUGGGCAUCCGUGAUCAUCGGUGUGACCAUGCUGGUAGCGAUGAUUCACUUCUUUUUGAAGGCAAAGAAUGUCUAUAUUGGACCUGUGGCUGCCGUACAGGGCAGGAAGGUGCGAAAGGCGUGA